AUGGAGGUAUCUCUGGUCUUAGGUCCCCAAUUACUUUUCCACAACGAGAAUCAAGGAGGUACCAUAGAUAGGGUUCUAUCUCUACACAAACUGCAGAGCAUUGCCACUUUUCGCGCCACCGCUUGGAUUCGCCAGGGCAUCAAACUGAGAAAUGGAUCAAAUUCGCCGUGGAGCGCAACGUGCGAAACCUCCAUCUCAAUUGCCGCCAUUGAUCUGAGGCUGGAAUCGUGCGGUGUAGUCCCCGAUAUAGGUGGUGCCGUGUUCUUUCCUCGGCUGAAGAACCUUCAUCUAAUCCAGGUUCAGUAUGAGACCGACGAGUUGCUUCCGCACCUUCUUUCCGGUUGUCCGGUGCUUGAGGAGUUGUCGGUCGAAUUAUUCAUCGAUUAUUCUUCUUGUAAAAUUUCUUCGCACACUGUCAAAAUGCUCUAUAUCAAAUGUGGGGAGCUAACCGCCUUAAUCGAAGCAGAUAUCUAUAUUUGCAAUAAUGUCAAGCCUGAAGACGGUUUUCUGUACUCUCGAUCUUUGAUGGAAUUUAUCGAUAGGCUCCACAAUGUCAAUGAUGAUAGUCUUACACUGUUGUCUCUGUGCUUGCCUUCUUUACUGAUUAUUGACUCGGUAUUCUCUACCUGGAAGAGCAUAAGUUUUCAUAACUUAACCAAACUCGAAUUGACUACCGAUUGUUAUUUUCUCUCCAAGCUCCAUGAAAACGCUGACAAUCUUGAAAUCCUUAUUCUCUCGGAGGUAUUUGAAGAAAUAAAAGGAUGGACGGAACUGCAACAAGUGCCGGCAUCCCUACUAUCGCAUCUUAGAACAAUAAAGCUUGAUCUCUAUGUAGGUAAAGACCACAGGUUUAAAUUGAUGAAAUAUCUUUUGAGCAAUGCUCGGAUAUUGGAGAGGAUGCAAAUAGUGUAUCCCAGCCGUGCUUUACCCGAGGUCGAUAUGAUCCCGAUCAGAAAUGGGAGCAGGGCUCUACUGAAUACUGAUGUUGUCUUCUACUAUUGCUGA